AUGUUAGGGCUGCAUAUAAAGAAAAUUUUAUGUAUUGACAAAUGUUUUAAUUAUAUUUCAUGGACUAGUCGUAGUCGAAACCUAAUUUUGAAAGUAGUGUCCAGACACAAGCCAUUGGCCUCUGAGGUGCUUACUUGUCACCUGCGUCAACGGAAUCUGCCUCACUGGACAUCUUUUUGUGUUUAUUAUCACCGUGUAGUUAAUGACCAGUUUGGACUCUCACAUUUUAACUGGGAGGUUGAUGGCAAAAACUACCAUGUUCUCAGAACUGGCUGUUUUCCCUACAUUAAGUACCACUGUUCCAGCAGACCAUAUGAAAACCUUGAUGCAGAAAACUACUUUUACACUUUUCUGAAAGCUGUCAACUUGG